AUGGUCACAGAAUUAUUACUGGCUCUCUUGUCUAUGGUUCUGCUAUGUCUGAAGCUCUUGCAGAAACCUCGUGGGCUGCCGCCGGGGCGCUGGGGGCUUCCUCUCCUCGGCUCGCUCCCUCUCCCAGGGACGUCUCUCGAGGGGCACCUCCUUGAUCUCAGGCGCCGCCACGGGGACAUCUAUGUGUGGCGCAUAGGGACGCAGACCGUGGUGUUCCUGCAUGACUACCACAUGGCCAAAGAAGCCUUCAGUCGCCCAGAGUUCCUGAACCGGCCCGACUGGAGCAUCUUUAAGCUCAUGGUGUCGGAUAAUAAUGCAGGGACGCAGACUGUGGUGUUCCUGCAUGACUACCACAUGGCCAAAGAAGCCUUCAGUCGCCCAGAGUUCCUGAACCGGCCCGACUGGAGCAUCUUUAAGCUUAUGGUGUCGGAUAAUAAUGCAGGUGUCGUGGGCAGCAAUGGAGCCACGUGGCACGCAAACCGACGCUUCACCCUGAGGCAGUUGCGUGACCUGGGCAUGGGCAAGUCACGCAUGGUGUCUGUGGUGCAGCGGGAGGCACAGUGCCUGGUCGAGGAGCUGGGCAAGCAGGCAGGCAGGGCAGCGCCAGUGCCACAUGCGCUCACCGUCUGUAUUUUAAAUGUCUUGUGGCAGCUGGUGGCGAGCAAAAGAUUCAGCGUGGACGACCCCGUUAUUCUGGACCUCGAAAUGCUCAUUGAUGACACGCUAGCGAACAUGGCACGCCUCACAGUGCCAGAUUUCCUGCCGUGGCUCUCGUGUGCCUUCCCUCUGGCACUGCAGAAGCGGCUCUUCUCCCUCGAUAUAUUGGAUGUUAUGAAGGACAAGUUUUCGAGGUUCUGUCAGGACCUUAUCGAGGAACACAAGCAAGAACUGGACCCAAGCAAUCCCAGGGAUCUCAUUGAUGCUUAUAUUCUUGAUCUGCAGGAAAGAGGAAGCGGAGAUGAGGAAGAUAGCAUCAAGGAUCUGUCCAAACUUGUCUUCGACAUGUUUACGGCAGGGAGUGAGACCACAACAAACACUCUCACGUGGAUGCUGUAUUAUUUAGCUGCUUUCCCGGAUGUGCAGAUGAAGAUGCAACAGGAAGUAGACAGGGUUUUGCCGAAGGAUGCUUUGCCCACACUCGAAGAUAGGCCUAGCCUGCCCUACACGGAGGCUGUGAUUCACGAGGUCCACCGCUUCGCCUCCGUGACUUCGAUGGGCGUCCAGCACUGCGCCGCCAAGGACUCUCUGCUGGCGGGAUACCUCAUUCCCAAGGUGAUUGUUAAGGUGUUGUCCAUGGUAUUCGUAACAUCCUCCUCGCACGAUCCCGAAAAGACUUUUGACGAAUCGCUCAAGGACGCCGUGGUGAUGUCGGUGGCCGGGAGCAUGCACAGGGACCCUCGCUACUGGCAGGAUCCCGACAGCUUCCGUCCCGACCGCUGGCUCGACGCAGACGGGAACUUCUGCGCUAGACAAAACGGCUUCUUGCCCUUCGGUGUCGGGAAAAGGCGCUGCGUGGCGGAGUCCUUAGUGAAGAUGGAGCUCCUCGUCUUCGCCUGCGUCUUGGUCCAAAAACUCGCCUUCUCGCCUCCCCCGGGAAAGCUCAUGGACCUGCGGCACGACACGAGGAACCCCCUGUGCCACCUGGCCAAAGCGCAGGACAUUUGGGUAAAUUUUAGGAGCUAG